CCAAUAAUGAUUAAUUCAUAUAACUUGCGCCAUCAUCAAAACAAGUAAAAGUCGAAAUUGCUAAAGCCCCUGUUACCAUAAGAAAUGCAUACAAUCAUUCAUAUCAUUUAUUAGUAAAUUCAGUAUGCGAAAAUGUUCUCGGUGUUACAAUGCGUUGUGUAUUUUGUGGGAGUUUCUAUUUGGCCAGGGGUUGAAGGAUACGUAGGCAAUUAUAACGAUGGUGAUCAACACGGAUUUGAAGCAAUUUGGUCCUGGAGUUACGUGAACUACACGUGGCCUACAACAAGCUCCUACUAUAAGGCUGUUGUGGAGAAUAGUAGAUCACCUGUAUAUUAUUUUAUGUAUUUCGAUGCGCUUAAGCCUGUCAUGACAGCAUACUCGCCGUUAACCCAGGGACUCGGUGCUGUUGCCCACCACGCCUUGGUUAUACAGGAACAAGCUCAAGGAACUCUCAAACGAUUUCUUUCUUACUCUUGA